AUGUCCACGUCAAUUGCCGACAAUCCUCUUCGGUAUGUAAUAGCCCGACCCCCGACGUCCCCUCCUCCACCGGGGAUAGUUGAAGUUGCCGCAGAACCCCAUGGGGAGAAGGGAAGAGAAGGAAGAACAUAUCUGCAACAUAACACGGCACACAUGGUAUCACCAGAGGAACAAAAGACUAUCAACGAACUCCAAGCAAACUGGAUCUGGACCCCCAACUGGGUCGAUUCCUCCAACACCAACACAGCCGGACGGAUUGUCCAUUUCACUCGAGAGGUGAAUCUCUUGUCGUGUCCGUCUCGGGCUGUGUUGCAUUUCUCCGCCGACACGAGAUAUAAACUGUAUGUGAACGGAGCCAGAAUCGCCGUUGGACCGUCCCGGGGCAGUCCAUUGAUCUGGUAUUACGAUACACUGGAUAUCGCACCCUAUCUUAUCAAUGGGCGCAAUCAGGUCCGAUUUGUCGUGGUGAGGUAUUUUGCGGCCUCGAGGGGCGCGAUGCCGUUUGAGCGGACGUCGACGCCGGGUUUGACGGUUGUGGGAUGCGUCGAGACAGAUAGUCAAACGGUAGAUCUCAGCUCGCGACACGGUUGGCAGGCACAGGUAGAUGAGAGUAUUUGGUUUCCGACGGGGUUGGUUGACGACGUGUUUCUUCAUAUCUACGAGCGCAUCAACGCAGCCACUCCGAACUCUCCGGUCACGCCAAUCGUCUACGGCAUCAAAGCGUUGAACGGAGAGCUUGCGCCCUGGAGAUUGCGUCCGCGCGCUAUACCCAUGCCCGAGGCGAGUAGGGCCACGCUCAGUAUCAUCCGACGAUGCCAGAGUACGGCGUCUGCAGACGACUAG